AAACCAAAAAAGGCAGGGGUUUCGCAGGGAUUUUCCAGAUGGGAGACAGUCACAUUCCGAGUCCCGGGACUGCCUAGUGCCAGUUUGGCCUUUGGGACUUUUGGUGCCCCCUAUUAUAUUUACUGAGAUUUUCAUGAAUUUUAAAGUAAAUACCUUUAAUCAUAAAAUAUACAGCAUGACAUUAGCUGUAUUUAUUUCUUAGCUAGUAUUUUCAUAAAUUUCAUCCUAGUGGACUCGGUGGUCGAGAGGGCAAAGACGCUUUCCUAGAAUCCUACGGAGUUGAAUCCUGGCUACUCCCAUUGCGUUGUGUCCUUAGGCAAGGCACUUUAUCACGAUCACUUCAGCCGACCCAGCUGUUAAUGGGUACCAGCAAAUUGCUGGGGGCAAGCAUGGUUGUAAGAACUGUGGAUUUUCAUUCUGUAUGAAAUGCUUGCCAAACAAGUACCCUAUAGCAAAGAUGAACAACGAAAAACACAGAGUUUGCAUGAAAUGCUACAAUAUUCUAACUGGAAAAGUUAAGCCAAAGGAGGAGAAUCCUGCAAAAUACUCCCCACCAGAAAAUUACAAGAAGAGAAUGGCGGCAUUAGAAGAGAGAGAAGCUGGGGGUCACAGGUCAGGGGCCACAGGGAGCAAACCACAUGGUGGACAUGGGGUAGGGACUCACAAAACCCAGACCAAGGGCAUGUCAAAAGCAGAUGUAGAAAUACAGGAGAGAUUGGAGAAACUGAGAGAAAAAACACCACAGGAGAUUGCAGCUUCCAAGGUGACAACACACGAACUAGACAACAGAUUGGCAAAAAUGAAAGGCAUGGAUCCUUCAAGAUACAACACUUCUAAUAAACAUGUUUAUCAUCCACCAGAUAGAAGGACACAGCAAGAACAAAUGAAUGACCUUUUAGAUGAAAUAAGCAAUGAAGUAGAACUUGACUCCCAUCUUCCAGAUCCGGCACAGGAGAUUGCUGCUAGACUGGCUAAAUUGAAACAGCCUGAGCCUGUGCCAGGUAACUUGCAAGCAGGCACUUCAGAAAAAGAUGAGAACAAUUUAAAUAAGCCAUCAAUGAGAGAUUCGCAGACAUUUUCUCACAACAUUUCAACAUCUGGCUCUCAGACUCCCAAUGCCAAAGCAGAGCAGAAAACAUCACAGUCACAGGGCGAACAGAAACCUGCUGGUGAUGAGGAAGGGGAGGCAGUGAGUCCAGAGGAUGUGAGUAGGAUCCUCAAUGAGGCAGCACUGGAGCUGGAACAGGAUGCUCAGAAAGCUCUUAAGGACCUACAGGAGGAUAAGGAGAUUAUGAAAAAAUUACAGGAAAUCAAACAACGGAGAAAAGAAAGUUCUUCAGAUGUGAACAAAGAUGAAGAAGAGGCAGUCUCUGGCAGUGAGAAUGAGGAGGAUGAGAUUGUAGCACAGUCAAUAAUACGCCAGGCUAUAGAAGAGAACAGGCUGGAUGAGGCUGCUGCUAGAGAUGGUCAUGAUACAAGUAAAAUCUCUGAAGAGUCUUCAAAAACUGCCAAAAAAAUAAUGAAUACUGAUGAAGAGUGGUAUGACCCAGAUGAGCUGCCAUACUGUUGUAUUUGUACUGAGGAUGCCACUGUGCGAUGUUUAGGAUGUGAUAGAGAUCUGUACUGUAACCAGUGUUUCAAAGAAGGCCAUAAAGAAUUAGGACUUACAGACCAUGUCACACUGAAAUACACUCCGCCUCAAGAUGUGAAAACGUGAAGAUUGCACUGACAGGCUUGUCAUUACCCAUCUGUGAUAUAUUCAUUUAUUGUUGCAUGCUUGUUAUUAAGUGUUUACUGUAAGCAUUUAUAUAAAUGAAAUGCUUCAUUUCCUUGCAUUUCUGUAUUUGUUACAUUUAAUCUAUGCUAAGAUCUGGCUCUAAUGUUACAAAACUUGAAUUUUGAGACUAUUCUAAGAUUUAAGACUUUUCAUUGGUCAGUUUCAACAUUGAGCUCAGAAUCAACCAAUCAAAUUCUGGGGUAUAUUGAGACUGGUCAUCAGGUUCAACUUUUGUAACCUUUGAAUAUCAUUUUAUCUCAAAGGAGAAUUAUCACAUAUCAUAAAUUGAUUAGCCUAGAAAGUACUUGGUUUUGAAAGGAAAAUAGGAACACGUGUUUUUAAGUUAUGAUUCUGCAUUUUCUGGAGAGCAUACACACUGCAAAAACUGAUAAAUACAUAUCGGAAAAUAGUAUUCUAGAUAGCUUUUUGUGUUUGUUUCAUGUAACUUCUUCACCUUUAUGACAAUAACAAAGUUAAAAUAAGCAAAUUAAAAUGAGAAUUCAGCAUAUGCAUGGGUGGUAAACGCGCAAUCCAAUUCCCACUGGGAAUAUGCUAAAAAUGGGUUGCGCGACUUCCGGUGCUGGUGUUGCGCAUCAAUAUAUACAAAAUCGAGGUAGGUGGGUUUUUGUUUUUGUAAAUAAUGACACAUUUACGAGUGUUUUCGAAAAAAGCAAAAUGCUAUUCGACACAAAAAUGAAUAAAGAUCAUAUGUGUGAAAUACCAACUUAUUAAUUUAAGAAUCAGCUCUGUUAUCACAAAAACUCUGCUGGCUCGAACUGUCAAAAAAGCAUGAAAUCAUGAAAAAUGCCAAUUUUCUAACUCUUGUGCCUUCUUUCUGGAAAUGUGACGCUUCUAAUGAUCAAACACGUGCAAAACAGUCAUGAAUAUUACAUACACUUUAAUGCUUUUGGGGGAAAGAUUGGCAAAAAAAUAAUCGGGAAUGGGGUUGCACCCCGGGAAUGGAGUUGCGUGUAUACAUUAUAUACAUUAUGAUGUAUACGAGCAACUCCAUUCCCGGAAUGGGGUUGCGCCCCGGGAAUGGAGUUGUGUGGAAUGGGGUUGCGCCCCGGGAAUGGAGUUGCGUGUAUACAUUAUAUACAUUAUGAUGUAUACGAGCAACUCCAUUCCCGGUGUGCAACCCCAUUCCCGAUUAUUUUUUUGUCAAUUAUGUCCCCGUAAGCAGGAUUUGAAGCAAAUAAUUUUGAUAUUCAUUACUUUAUAACAGUUGAGUUAUCAUAAAAAGCAUCAAAUAUCCUCAGAUUAGGCAUAUGAGGUCAGAAACAUCCAUCUUUGUUGAUUUCAUACUUUUUUCACGCUUCUUGUCCCCUGAGUUUUUGUGAUAAUAGAGCCGAAUCAUAACUUACAAACCAGAUAUUUUACACAUAUGAUGUAUUAUCAUAUUUGUGUCGAACAGCAUUUUGCUUUUUGAUCAAGAAAAUUCAUUAUUGUCUCAUACUAAGCAAAAUCAUAACUUCACAUACCUCAAUUUCGUCUUUUUUUACGCGCAACACCAGCACCGGACGUUGCGCAACCCAUUUUAAGCGUAUUCCCAGUGGGAAUUGGAUUGCGCGUUUACCACCCGUGAUAUGGACAAAAACCAUGUUCUGAAUUCUAAUUGACUAUACUAUGCAGUAUUUGUAGUUUUAUUGCUUUCUGUCAAGUGAAGAAAAAAGAAUAAAGUAGUAGAAAACACACAAAUUUCAAGUUGGGAGUUUUCAUACUUAAGGGAGAAAUUAGAAGUCAUAUAGAGUCUUAAAAAGUGUAUCCAAGAUAUAGGUUACAGAAAGUACAUAAUGUUACAGUCAUUUGAAAAAAUUCCUAUCACAAAAUAUUUAAUCUUGAACUGUGGCUUAGACAUACAUAUUAGCUGUUAUAGAUGUGAAUGUGUUGAUUCACAUUUAAUUUAGAAGUUAGAUAAAUAUUUGAGCUGUGCCAUGAGAAAACCAACAUAAUGGGU